AAGAAAACAAAACCAGGAUGUCUUAUGGGCUGCUUUAUCUUUAAGGACAGCUUGGAGCUGUAACUGCAAGGAACGGAGAAGAUUUGGAUCAUUUGCAUCAAUCUCCAAGCAUUAACAGUGGUGCUCUGACCAUGGGCUUGAAGGAAUAACACAAGGACAUUUCCUGACUCAGCAUGGAGAAUAGAGGCUCUCAAAACAUCCAGCAAUGAAGUGGAGUUUGACCUCUGAUGGAUGAAAUCUGCUGGAAUGGAAGCUAAGCUCUUUGAAGAGGAGCAGGUGUCACCUUAUUUUAUAUAUGCCAUGUGUCUAGGGACUUCAGAGGAGUCAAAAAAUGCAAAAGAUGAAACAAAGCUAGAAGAAAGUGAUUGCCAACUCGAGUUCCAUAAUGUUCUGCUUGAAUCUGAAUUGAGUUCUUCAUCUAUGUCACAGUUAGUAAGCUGCACUGAGAUAUCCUUGGAACCUAGCAGGGAUACAGGCCAUGUUACUGCUGCUGCUGAGCCUGAGGUAAAGCAUCUUUGUGGAAAAUUAAGGUAUUCUUCAGGGCAUAAACCUAAGGACAGUCUUACACAUCUGCCCUCACAUGAGGCAUUUUCCUCACUGCUCCUUCCAAGAGAAAGAUCAACUGAGAAAUCCGAGAGGGUUCAAGAGAUCAGAGUAAUAACACACAAACCAAGUGCGAUCACUUUUUCUGAUUUUGAAUUUUUAUCACAUAACGCUAACUCUAAACUCCAUACUUGUGAGGUCACAGACGCAGAGGCUUCUUCAUCUGAAGAGGAGGAGGAAGGUGAUGUUUAUGAUGAUGUUUUUACAGAUCUGCCACUGUAUGGGGCAUUUUACAAUGGUCUUUAUAAAAGGACUAUUCUUCUUGGGAAACGAGAUAAAUGUGAGCCUACCAGAAGCCAGUAUAUCUGUCAUUUAGAUGGCUGCAAUGAUCACACUGGAAAGAAAUUGAAUGACCAUGAAAAGGAAGAAAAACAAAUGGACAUAGUGACCCAACCAGAAAAAAGAUCUGAGUGGUCAGACUCUAUGUCAUCUCUCAUGAAGAAACUGGAACAAUUGAAUUUAGAUAUUGAAGAGGCUCUCAGUGCUGGCUCUUCUCCUUCCAGCACUCCUUCUACGGAAAAGCGCAAACAGCCGUGUCCUGUUAAGGUGGAGACAGGCCUUCUUCACAGAGAUCAUCAGAGAAAGGGAAUAUGUGGAAAUAAGAGGGCAGGCUACCAGGAUUUAGAUGGUUUGCCAAGCUCAGUGUCAACUGGAGCACGACCAAAAACUGAAGUGUUGUCUCAGAAGCUGAGCAAAGAGAAAGCAGAAAUUGAAGCAAAGGAAGCGUGUGACUGGUUACGAGCUGCUGGAUUUCCACAAUAUGCUCAGCUCUAUGAGGAUUCCCAGUUUCCUAUUGACAUUGUAGCUGUAAAGAAAGAUCAUGACUUUCUCGACAAGGACCUUGUAGAACCCCUUUUCAGACGACUGAACACAUUGAACAAGUGUGCCUCAAUGAAACUCGAUGUGAACUUCCAAAGGAAAAAGAGUGAAGACUCAGAUGAAGAAGACUUCUGUGCCAUCAGUAAUAAAUGGACUUUCCAAAGGACGAGCAGAAGAUGGUCUCGGGUGGACGACAUUGACACUUUGCUUCACCGAUCAGAUAGACAUGGGUCUUCAGGGGACAUUAAAAUGAAAAACACCCCUAGCAGUGAGAGCGUCCUUACUGAUCUGAGUGAGCCUGAAGUCUCGUCUAUUCACAGCGAGAGCAGUGGGGGAAGUGACAGUCAGCAUCAGUCUGGUAUCAACAGCACUAUCAGGGAGAUAUGUGACUGCUCAGGACAGUAUAGUAUAGAAAACACACUUACACGUUACACCACUCCCGUCAGCUGUACCCUCUCCCAGGUUCCAAAGGAGACCACAAAUUACUUCUGUAACCUUAAGAAUGAGAAACCAACACGAACGAGAGCCAAGACCUUUCUAAAGCGCAUGGAGACACUAAAGCCUAGAGGUGCACACGGAAAACUAAAGGGCUUGGGAAGGCCUGGUGUCUUAGAGAUAAGCGGACCUGUUCUUCAACAUGAGCCAAAAUCCUUAAAGGACAUGCACUGCCUGCAGAUAGUGAAUGGAGAUGCAGCCAAAAGAGGACUUUCCUUUUCUGCCAAAUCCAGCAGUGAUAGUAGUCAGUCAGAAAACAGCAGCAGUGGCAUGAGCACACCAUGUUUUAAGGAACACAAAUGUUAUGAAACAAACAAGCGAGGUGGUAUGUACCUGGAGGACCUUGACGUUCUUGCUGGAACAGCCCUGAGACAAGUGGUAGACGAAAACCUUAAAAAUGGAUUUCACUCCCAAGAGAACCUGGUUGUGCAUAUUCCCAAGGACCACAAACCUGGAACUUUUCCAAAGGCACUUUCCAUUGAAAGUCUCUCACCGACUGACAACAGUAAUAGUGUAAACUGGAGGACAGGCAGCAUCUCUUUGGGCAAACAGAAGUGCUCUACUCCUAAAGAGCCCGGACUCAUGGCUUGCUGUCCUAAAGAGAGUAGAGUUAGUAUUUAUGACAAUGUGCCAGGUUCCCACUUGUAUGCCAGCACUGGAGACCUAUUGGACUUGGAAAAAGAUGAGCUUUUCCCUCAUUUAGAUGACAUUUUGCAGCAUGUCAAUGGACUUAAGGAGGUUGUAAACCACUGGUCAAAGGAUUUACAGUCAGAGCUGCAAAGCAAUGAUUUAUUGGUUGGGGAAUCUGCAUCAUUCCCAUUCCAGUCGCCCACCCAAAUCACAUUAGACUUUGAAGGGAACUCUGUUUCUGAUGGUCGUACUACACCUAGUGAUAUGGACAGAGAUGGAACAUCCCUCAAUGAAUCAGAAACCACUGGUAUUAGGGACAGGAGAGACUCUGGUGUAGGGGCAUCUCUCACCAGGCCAAACAGGCGAUUACGCUGGCAUAGUUUCCAGAUCUCUCAUGGCCCAAGCCACUCUACAGCAUCGCUACAGCUCAGUAAUCAAUCAGCAGCCCAACUGAAUCUACUGCAAAAAUUUUCCUUACUUCACCUUACUGCCAUCAUGGAAAAAUACUGCAUGUCAAACAAACAUGGCUGGACAUGGUCUGUGCCAAAGUUCAUGAAGAGGAUGAAAGUUCCUGACUACAAGGACAAGAAUGUCUUUGGUGUGCCUUUGAUAGUUCAUGUCCAGAGGACGGGGCAACCCCUUCCACAGAGCAUGCAACAAGCACUGCGUUACUUACGCAGCAAUUGUCUAGAUCAGGUGGGUCUGUUUCGAAAAUCAGGCGUGAAGUCCCGAAUCCAGGCCCUUCGUCAAAUGAAUGAGAGCUCCCCUGAGAACGUCAGCUAUGAAGACCAAUCAGCCUACGAUGUGGCAGAUAUGGUAAAGCAGUUUUUCAGGGACUUGCCAGAACCUCUUCUCACCAGUAAGCUAGGAGAAACCUUCCUCCAUAUCUAUCAACAUGUUCCCAAAGAGCAGAGACUUCAGGCCUUGCAGGCAGCCAUCAUGUUGAUGUCAGAUGAAAACAGGGAGGUUUUGCAGACUCUGCUGUGUUUCCUGAAUGACGUCUCCUCUGUAGAAGAGAAUCAAAUGACUCCGAUGAAUGUAGCGGUGUGUCUGGCCCCUUCCCUUUUCCACCUUAAUAUAUUAAAAAAGGAAAGCUCACCAAGAGUAAUACAGAAAAAAUAUGCAACAGGAAAGCCAGAUCAGAAGGACCUCAGUGAAAACCUGGCAGCUACUCAGGGACUUGCACACAUGAUAAUAGAAUGCAACAAACUUUUUGAGCAGGUCCCCCAUGAGAUGGCAACCCAGUCUCGGAACUCCUACGUGGAAGCUGAAGUGCAUUGUCCAACAGUGGAGGAACUAGGAAAGCACAUGGGUGAAGAAGGAGGAAAUUACCAAAUGUACCUUGAAAGUCUAAUGUACAACCUUCAGAAAGAAGCAAAAGAGAAAUUCAAAGGAUGGGUCACCUGUUCUAGCAUAGAGAACACAGACCUCGCCUACAAAAAGGUUGGGGAUGGCAACCCACUCAGGCUUUGGAAAGCUUCAGUGGAAGUUGAAGCGCCCCCAUCAGUUGUACUGAAUCGAGUUGUAAGAGAACGUCACCUUUGGGAUGAGGACUUCUUGCAAUGGAAGGUCGUAGAAACUCUGGAUAAGCAAACAGAAAUCUACCAGUAUGUAUUGAACAGCAUGGCACCCCAUCCUGGCAGAGACUUUGUAGUUCUAAGGACAUGGAGGACAGAUUUGCCAAAGGGAAUGUGCACACUAGUGGCUGUCUCUGUGGAACAUGAAGAAGCUCCUCUGAUAGGAGGUGUACGAGCAAUUGUGAUGGAUUCUCAGUAUUUAAUAGAGCCUUGUGGCUCUGGAAAAUCCAGGCUGACGCAUGUCUGUAGAAUUGAUCUGAAAGGCCAUUCCCCAGAGUGGUACAACAAAGUCUUUGGACAUCUGUGUGCAGCAGAAGUUGCCAGGAUCAGAAACUCAUUUCAACCUCUCAUCGCUGAGGGACCAGAAACCAAAAUCUGAGGAAAUAGUCCAGGAACGUGUGAGCCUAAAGCAGAGUAUGGUAGACAGCAGAAAGACCCAGAGCAAAGGUUUGAGUAAGGUUUUAGCAUUAGCUGCAACAGAAGUAUAACCUGAUGUUUGUACAGUGGCGAAACAGGGAUUUCACAGGAAGGCCUGCUCAUUCCAGAGACUUCACUUACUUACUUGCCCCAUCCCAUGUAUGUUACUUUCAAUUACUGAAGUAAACCUUUUUUUAAAAGCUUUUCUCAUUGUUACUUUAAAAUGAGACUAUUACCAUUAUUUGUGUGUUGCAUAAUUCUGAUAUUUAAAAGCUUCUAAGAAGCAUAUUUUAAUUGUAAAUAAACCAUGUACAAUAUGUAUAUACUUAUCUAUGUAUAUUAUAUAUAAAUAUCUAUAUGUAUAUGUAAAGUAAUUAUUUUGUAUAUAAUUUAGUGCUUUCUAGGAGAAAUCAUCUGCAUCAAUUUUGACCUUGUAAGGAUCUAUUCUUGUUGCUUGUUUCUCAGUGUUUCACAGCUACAUAAGCUGUGUUUGUUAUUAUCGCAAGGCUACGUGACAUAAUCUGUGUGAUAUCUAACAGAAAAAUGGAUGACUGGCUGUUUUCAUUAUUGUUAUGUGGGGGGGCGUGUAAACUACAGGAAGGUACAUAGAAAUAGAUGUAGGGAGUUUAGAGGGGAUAAUGGUAUGUUUAAAAAUAAUGAACAGCAAUUCGCUAUCACCAAAAAACGCUAACAUGGACAUUGUAACUGGUAUGCACAUUUUGAAGACCAUUUACAAUAAGCUGUAGGAAGUUUAUGACUAUUCCAUGAUAGCUCUUGAAAACUUACCUGUUGCCUUAAACAACUAAGUAAGUAGUUGCAGUUAGAGGACCUCACCAUUUGCAGUAGUAAAGCUACUUCCUAUAUUAAGGGUAUGUCUACACUACCCGCCGGAUCAGCAGGUAGUGAUCGAUCUAUCAGGGAUCAAUGUA